AUGCGCAUGAGGAUCUUGUGCCAGCUCAGCAGUGACGUCAUUGUGGUAACCAGAAUCUUCGCCACGUCCGUAACCAUAACCUCCCCUCCCCGGUGGGUCAACCUCCCCUCCCCUCUCCUCUGCCCUCCUCCCUUUCCCCUCCCUCGCCCUUUCUCCCUCCACUCCUCCCUCCUCUCCCUUCCACUCCCUCCCCCCGAACCCCUAACCCCGUCCCCUCAUCCCCCCAAAACCCCUUCCCUCAUCCUCUCUCCCCCCAUCCCCCUCUUUCCCCCAUCCCCUCUUCCCCCAUCCCCUCUUCUCACAACCCCACUUCCUCCAUUUCCCCUACCUCCAUCCCCUCUUCCCCCGUUCCCUCUCUCCCAAUCAUCUCGCAACCGCCAUUCCUCCUCCCCAUCCGCCUUUUCGUAUCUGCCCUCCCCCCUGUCCCACUCCUUCUCCCCUUCCCUCUCCCUCUCCCUCUCCCCAACUCUUCCCCCCAUCUCUCUCCCUAUCCCGCCCAGCCCCCCUCGGGUCGUACCCAUCGUCAUCAUCCCCCCUCCUCCUCCUACCAUCAUAAUCAUCAUCCCUCCUCCUAUCGUCAUACUCAUCACCUCUCCUCCUUCUGCCCCCAUCAUCACCACCAUCCUUCCCCCUCCCACCAGCAUCAUACUCAUCAUCUCUCCUCCUCCUGCCUGCAUCAUCAUCAUCACACCCUCCUCCUCCUGUCCCCAUCAUACUCAUCAUCUCUCCUCCUCCUGUCCCCAUCGCGGCGCAAAGCUGCCCCUAGCGGGCAUAGGCGCGGAAUUAAAGCGCGCGCCUAUCUUCCGAAAACGCCCUGCGCAAGUGCAGGUCCCCCCGCGGGCCAGCAGCCAUUCCGCCCAUGCUCCCCCGCCCGCCUCCUCCCCCGCCUCGCUGCUGCCCUCCCCCGCGUACCCAUACGCGCCCGCGUGCCCGGGGCUGUAA